AUGGUCACCACACGUAAUUGGGAGGUCAUGCCUCGCUGUGGGCCCAGGCUCGAGCCUAAAGACAGUUUCGUGGGCAUACCUACUCCUGCUUUCCUUGAACCUCGUCCUCCUUACGUUGGCCCUCCUGCUUUCGUCGAACCUCGUCCUGUUUUCGCUGGCCCUCCUGCUUUCGUCGAACCUCGUCCUGUUUUCGCUGGCCCUCCUGCUUUCGUCGAACCUCGUACUCCUUUGGUUGGCCCUCCUGCUUUCGUCGAACCUCGUCCUCCUUUGGUUGGCCCUCCUGCUUUCGUCGAACCUCGUCCUGCUUUCGUUGAACCUCGUCCUCCUUUCGUUGAACCUCGUCCUACUUUCGUUGGACCUCGUCCUGCCCCCGUUAGACCCCGUUUUGCCCCCAUUAGACCUCGUCCUGCUUCUGCUCCUGUUGUUCGUCAAAAUGCUCCUCUGGUGGCGUCUGCUGCAUAUCCUGCAGCAGCUCCGCUCCCUCCCGCCCCUACAAAUCCCAGUGUCCAAUACCCUCUUUCCCACGCUCCGCUGUCAGCGACCUCUCCAGACACCGUCACCACCGUCUACUUCAAGGCCGACGCCGCCAUGGCCAGCAGCAGCAGCAGCCGCCGCCGGAGGUGUGGUUCCUGGACCCGCGAAUACAAGCUCAAGGUUAACGACUACAUGAUGGACCGCAGAAACUGGGUCGCGGACGGUCGGCGGAGCAGCAGGAUACGUGAGGGGCUCCGCGCGGAGGGGAAUCUAAGGCCGUUGACUACCAAGGAAGUGGCCGAGCGGUUUAACGUGUCUGAAGUUAACGUCACGAGGUGGUGGCGUACGAGGCAUUUGAUACUGAACUCUCGGGAGGGUUCAAUGCGUGUCUCGCAUAAGCCGCCGAAGCACGCAAGAAGCGUACGCCGAAGAAGAAGGCUCCUGUCUUGA